CGUCUUGUCUUCAUCUGUAAAAAGACAAAGAGAGAGUGGCCGAGUUAAUCGGAGAGAGAUGACGGCGGCGAUGAAACUGGACGGAGGCGGAUCGGUGGCGGAGAGAGACGCCCGGAUGGCUCAUUGUGCGAUGGCGUUUGUUCAACUCUUUAACGGAGGAUACCAUGUGAUUACAAAAGUAGCACUAAACGUUGGAGUAAACCAGCUAGUCUUCUGCGUAUGCCGUGAUCUUAUUGCUCUCUCUAUCCUCGCUCCUCUCGCUUUCUUCCGCGAAAGAAAUAUCAGAACUCCCAUGAAUAGAAGCCUUCUUUCGUCAUUCUUCUUUCUGGGCUUAGCGGGAGUAUUUGGCAACCAAUUGUUGUUUCUCAUCGGUCUAACAUACACAAAUCCUACGUAUGCUGCUGCCAUUCAACCAUCAAUCCCCGUCUUUACAUUUCUCUUCGCUGUAAUGAUGGGUACAGAAAGAGUGAAUAUGUUGAGAAUCGAAGGUCAAGCUAAGGUCGGAGGUACACUUGUGUGUGUUAUGGGUGCCAUAUCUAUGGUUCUAUUUCGAGGUCCGGCCUUGGUAGGAGAUAAAGAUGCAGACUUUGCAAUGAACCAUGAAAUCAACGCUAAAGGUCAACCUGAGCCUACUGGGUGGAUAGUCUCUGUCUUUAUCGGUCUUGGGUUUGAGCAAUGGCACAUCGGUGUUUUGUGCUUGAUUGGUAACUGCAUGUGUAUGGCUGCGUUUCUUGCCAUUCAGGUGAUUGUUUCAGUUUCUUUGGUUAAGUUUUUGACAAACUCUGUGCAUGUGUCUUUUAAUGUGGAAACUCUACAGGCGCCUGUUUUGAAGAAGUAUCCGGCAAAUCUUUCAGUGACUGCAUUAUCAUACUUCUUCGGUACAUUACUAAUGGUCACAACAGCUUUCUUUAUGGUAAAGGAGCCAUUAGAUUGGAGGCUUACACAAUCUGAAGUUCUUGCAGUUAUCUAUGCUGGAGUUAUCGCAUCAGCACUGAACUAUGGACUCUUGACUUGGUCCAACAAGAUCAUUGGUCCUGCCUUGGUUGCUCUCUACAAUCCUCUCCAACCUGCUGCAUCAGCUUUCCUGUCCAGAAUCUUUCUCGGUAGCCCUAUUUAUCUCGGAAGCAUUGUGGGUGGAUUCUUCAUCAUCUUAGGACUCUAUAUGGUCACUUGGGCAUCAUUCAGAGAGCGAAAAACAGCAGUUUCCGAGAUUGGGAUGGUGUCUCAUGGUGCAAGAACCUCGGAGCCUCUGAUAUAUAAUGGAACAGUUAGCAGAAUAGGACAGUUGUUAUCUGGGUUACCCAGUUCCUCUGUGAAAUCUACAGACUAAAAAGAAUCCAUGUAAAGUUAAGAAUCAGAGAGCAGAACCCAUUUCACAUAAGCUUUUAACUUUCUGUUACUUUCAUAUGUUACUAAUAUUUUUUUUUCUUACUAAUAUAUUCCUUUAAGAAUUAA